AUGGCGAGCCUGGAGUGCCCGGGGAAGGAAGGUGAGGGGAGCAGGAAGAGGAAUUUGUCCCUGCUGAGGAGCAAGCUGUACCUGGGGGAGCGGAGGAGGACGGAGCCCGUGGUGGAGAGCGCGUCCGCCGCCGGGGAGCAUGGCAGCCUGAGGAGGAGUCAGUCUGACAGGACAGAGUACAGCCAGAAGCUGCAAGAAAAAAUGGCCCCACAAGUGGGGUCCUCAACCCCUGCCACUUCACUACAGGAGGAUGAGGAACAAGUCAGCAGGGGCAUGAUGGCCAAGAGGGUGAAAAUCAUUGCAGAACUGCUGCAGACAGAGAAAGACUAUGUCAGUGACCUGGAUCUCUGCAUCAAGGAAGUGAUCCAGCCCCUGAGGGACAAGCAGAUUGCUGGCUUUGAUGUGGAUGGCUUGUUUAGCAACAUUGAAUCUGUCUGUCAAGUAUCAGCCAAACUGCUGUCCUUGUUGGAAGAAGCCACAAGAGAUGUGGAACCACCCAUGCAAAUAAUCGGGGAAGUGUUCUUGCAGAUUAAAGGCCCACUAGAAGACACAUAUAAAAUCUACUGCUAUCGCCACGAUGAUGCACACACCAUGCUGGAAUCCUAUGAAAAGGAUGAAGAACUGAAGCAGCAUUUAAGACACUGUGUACAGUCCUUAAAGAAGAUAUAUGAGGAAGAAGGAAAGCCAAAUCUAAUGGACAUGGGAUCCCUGAUGAUCAAACCAGUGCAACGGGUGAUGAAAUAUCCCUUGUUACUCUGUGAACUCUUGAAUUCAACUCCUGCUUCUCACCCUGACCACAAGGUGCUACAAGAUGCACUUUUUGCUAUGAAAACCAUUAAUGUGAACAUCAAUGAACUUAAAAGGAGGAAAGAUCUGGUGCUGAAGUAUAAGAGGAAUGAUGAUGAUGAAACCCUUAAAGAAAAGUUUUCUCGACUGAAUAUCCACUCCAUUAGCAAGAAAUCCAAGAGGGUGACCAGCCACCUGAAAAUACUGACAGGGGGAGAACCUCAGGUAAAAGAUCAAACAUUUAAUAAGGAAGAAAAGUUGUUUCGAAGUUUAGAGAAGACUGUGAAAUUGUGUGUGAAGAACAUUUCACUCUCCUCACAACACCUAAAGGAUUCCAUACAUCUGGCUGCACAGAAUAUAACUGGGUUUCAGGAAAUCUUGCAGGACAAAGAUGAAGCCAAUGAUUCUUCAAAAAAACAGAACAACUCUGCAAAUCUCUGUGAAGACCUUAUGGCUCAGCUGGACAAGCUUGUUCUGACUCCUCUCUCAGCACUGCAGGCCUUGUUUUCAGGCCCUCAGAAGCUCAUCCAGAAGCGCUAUGACAAGCUGCUGGACUACAACUGCUGCCUGCAGAGGUCACCAGGGGAAGAGCUGGACCUAGCAAAGAAAGACUAUGAGGCUCUAAAUGCACAGCUGGUGGAAGAACUUCAAGUGUUCAACAGAGCAGCCAAAAGGAUUGUGUUGAACUGCCUUCAUUGCUUCAUCACCCUCAUCAGGAAUAUUAUGUGUGCAGCACUUCAGUCAAAUUCUGCUGUGGUGGUACCUGUUCCACUGUCCUCCUCAAGCAUCUGUGAAGUGCAGAAUCAGUUGAUGGAGGAGGUUCACAAGCUGAAUUUUGUGAAAGAAAACACCAGUGCAGCCUUUAUUGAGAGAAAAUUGAGCUUAGAAAAAAAGAAACCUGUCCCUUCUCUGAUCGAAUCCCCACGCCAAACAGAAGAGCACAGGUGGAAGCUGCUGUCUACCUACAGCACAGAGGUGUUGCACCAAGCGAAGCGCAAGUGCAAUGCCACACAGGAGCUGGAUAUUGAUUUACAUGAAGGAGAACUGGUGGCUGUUGUGGAGCAAAAGGACCCCUUUGGAAGUACAAGCAGAUGGCUUGUUGACACAGGAAACCUCAAAGGGUAUGUGUAUUCCUCCUUCCUGAGGCCUUACAAUCCAGCCAAAGCGCAGAAGGAUGUAGCAGAAAAUGGCUUCAGUGAUGAUGAUUUUGAUAAUAUCAGCCUCUUUGUGUCUUCACGGACCUCUGCUGACAGCAGCACACGAAGUCGUGGGCAUAAGAAGAGUGACAGCAGCUCAUCACUUCACUUCUGUGAAAAUCCCACAGCUAAUGGCACAGAGACUGAUGCUCUUCAGGAUAGGGAUGAUCAGCAUACCUUCUAUGCUGUUUAUGCAUUUCAAGCAAGAAAUGAUCAGGAACUGAGUCUUCAGGAGUACCAGAAGGUUAGGAUACUGAAGUUUUCUGACCUGAGUGGCAACAAAGAAUGGUGGCUUGCAGAAGCAGAAGGUCAGACAGGAUACAUUCCAUCUAAUUAUCUUGGGAAGAUGACCUAUGCCUAG